AUGGGCAAUCAAUGUAAAGGAACUGAAGAAAACGAAAUUAAAAUUUUCUAAUCAAGCUAAGCUUUGAUUGGAUUUGUUUGUGACACAAUAAAAUAUUUUAUGGCUUUAAAAUAAUAUUCUCAAGAUCAAAAAGAAGUAUAACUCUUAUUAAAUUUUGCCUAAUAAAUAAAUCUAAGCUAAUAAGCUCAAGUGCUAGAAAAUGAUCAUUUUACUUCUCUUAAAAAAGUUAAAUCUGGAAAAAAGUGGAAUUAGGAAUAGUUCUUUGAUCGAAUUAACUAAUUAGGAUCUAUAAAUAUGCAAGAAUCAAUUCAAAUUCUUAAUCAAUUUAACUUGAACUUAUUACAAUUUUAAGACUUGUACAAUAGUCUAAAUAAUUUAGAGGUUUCCUUAUUCCAAAAGAGCUAGCAAUAAAACCAAGUAGAUUUAUUUCAAGUUCUCAGAAACAAAUAAAUAUCUGAAUAAAAUACCGAAAUAAUUGGAGCAAAGCUAUUAUAUUAAAUGUUCAUUCGAAUUUCUAAUAAAAAAUUUAUUAUAUUCCAACUAAUAGUAAAAAAAUAAUUAAAAUUAGGAUUAUUGGAUUACCACAAUAAAAUCUAACAAUCUUAAAUUAAUUAUUGGAUUGGCCUCUGUGAUUAUUUGUGAAAUUUACAAUUCCAUAAAAGAAAUAAUUAUACCUAAGAGAAUUUUUGAAAUUGUGAUCAUAUGGAUGGUUUAAGUAAUAGUUUUCAAUCUUUUUGAUUCAACUAAAGAAAUUAAUAAGAAAGAACAUUUACUUGAUUUUAUAUUUUACUACAAAUGCCCUAUUGAGAAAAUGAUGAUAUUGUACGCUUAAUAAAAGGUAUUGAAUAUGCAAUAUGUAAUGUUCAAUGCCGAUGCGGAUGAUGUGGCUGACAAUAUAGAUAGACUUCUUCGUUAAUACCCAAGAGCUGGCUUAUUGAAGCAUUAAAUAAAAUUAAUUGAGGAGUAUGUUAAAGAGGAAUGGUUCUUCUCUCUUUAUCAUAUUGUAAGAACAUGGGGUGUAAUUGCUUAGAGAUUUUGA